AUGGAGGCUAUGUUGGUGUCCAGUGGUGUGGGCUCGGGUGUCCAGCGGUGUGGGCUCGGGUGUGCAGCGGCCCCCACCUGUCACAGCUCUGAUGGUACGUUAGUUGAAGUUUGUAAAAAGUUGAAGUCUAAGCUUAAGGAGAAGCACCAGUAUGUGUCUGAGGGGAUUAAUAAAGCAGGAAAGAAAACCCUUCUGGAGCAGAUCUACACGGAGCUCUACAUCACAGAGGGAGGGACCGGAGAGGUCAACGAUGAACAUGAAGUCAGACAGAUUGAAGCAGCUUCCAGGAAACCACACAGAGCAGAAACAACCAUCAGACAGGAAGACAUCUUUAAACCCCCACCUGGAAGAGAUGAACCAAUCAGAACGGUGAUGACGAAGGGAGUGGCCGGCAUCGGGAAAACAGUCCAAACACAGAAGUUCAGUCUGGACUGGGCUGAAGGCAGAACCAACCAGGACAUCCAGUUCCUGCUUCCAUUCACCUUCAUACAGCUGAAUGGGCUGAGAGAGGAGAAGUUCAGUUUGGUGGAACUUGUUCAUCUGUUCUUCACUGAAACCAAAGGAAUCCGCAACUUUGAAGAGUUCCAGGUCGUGUUCAUCUUUGACGGUCUGGAUGAGAGUCGACUUCCUCUGGACUUCCACAACAAUGAGGACCUGACUGAUGUUACAGAGUCCACCUCAGUGGACGUGCUGCUGACAAACCUCAUCAGGGGGAACCUGCUUCCUUCUGCUCGUCUCUGGAUCACCACACGACCCGCAGCAGCCAAUCAGAUCCCUCCUGAGUGUGUUGACAUUGUGACGGAGGUCAGAGGGUUCACUGACCCACAGAAGGAGGAAUACUUCAGGAAGAGGUUCAGAGAAGAGGAACAGAGCAGCAGGAUCAUCUCCCACAUCAAGACAUCACGGAGCCUCCACAUCAUGUGCCACAUCCCAGUCUUCUGCUGGAUCACUGCUACGGUCCUGGAGAACGUCCUGGAGAACGUCCUGGAAACCAGAGAGGGAGGGGGGCUGCCCAAGACCCUGACUGAGAUGUGCAUCCACUUCCUGGUGGUCCAGGCCAAACUGAAGAAGGUCAAGUAUGACGGAGGAACUGGGACGAAUCCACACUGGAGUCCAGAGAGCAGGAAGAUGGUGGAGUCUCUGGGAAAACUGGCUUUUCAGCAGCUGCAGAAAGGAAACCUGAUCUUCUACGAACCAGACCUGAGAGAGUGUGGCAUCGAUGUCAGAGAGGCUUCAGUGUACUCAGGAGUGUUCACCCAGAUCUUUAGAGAGGAGAGCAGCCUGUACGAGGACCAGGUCUUCUGCUUCAUCCAUCUGAGUGUUCAGGAGUUUCUGGCUGCUCUUCAUGUCCAUCAGACCUUCAUCAAGUCUGGAGUAAACCUGCUGGAGGAACAGAGAACCAAUCACACAUCUGAAACACGAGAAGUUGUUCAGGACGAAGAUGAAGAUGAAGAUGAAUAUGAGGAUGUGGAUGAAGAUGAUGAAGAAGAAGAGAGUUGCCUCCAUCAGACAGCUGUGGACAAGGCCUUACAGAGUUCCAACGGACACCUGGACUUGUUCCUGCGCUUCCUCCUGGGUCUUUCACUGGAGACCAAUCAGAACCUCCUACGAGGUCUGAUGGAACCAAAACGAAGAAGAUCACAGAACAAUCAGAAAACAGUUAAAUACAUCAAGAAGAAGAUCAGUGAGGAUCUGUCUGCAGAGAGAAGCAUCAACCUGUUCCACUGUCUGAAUGAACUGAAUGAUCGGUCUCUGGUGGAGGAGGUCCAACAGUCCCUGAGGUCAGGACAUCUCUCCAGAGGUAAACUGUCUCCUGCUCAGUGGUCGGCUCUGGUCUUCAUCUUAUUGUCAUCAGAAGAAGAUCUGGAGGAGUUUGACCUGAAGAAGUUCUCAGCUUCAGAGGAGGCUCUACGGAGGCUGCUGCCGGUGGUCAAAGCCUCCAAUGGCUGUAACCUCUCAGGGAACAUCUGUCCACUUCUGUCCUCAGUUCUCAGCUCUCAGUCCUCCAGUCUGACAGAACUGGACCUGAGCAACAACGACCUGCAGGAUUCUGGACUGGAGCAGCUGUGUCCUGGACUGGAGAGUCCACACUGUCACCUGGAGUCUCUCAGAUUGAACAGCUGCCGGUUGUCAGAGAUCAGCUGUUCUUCUCUGGGCUCAGCUCUGAAGUCCAACCCCUCCCAUCUGAAACAUCUGGACCUGAGCAUGAACAACCUGCAGGAUUCAGGAGUGAAACAUCUGUGUGGAUUUCUGGAGAGUCCAGACUGCAGACUGGAGACUCUGAGUUUGCAGUGCUGCGGUCUGUCAGAGAUCAGCUGUUCUUCUCUGGUCUCAGCUCUGAAGUCCAACCCCUCCCAUCUGAAACAUCUGGACCUGAGAUUCAACUACAAGCUGCAGGAUUCAGAUGUGAAGCAGCUGUCUAAUCUGGUGGAGAAUCCAGACUACAACCUGCAGACUCUCAGGUCAGUUUACUGACUGGGGCUUUUGGAAUUUUGUUGGAGAGUUUGUUCACCUCAAACAAAGACACCAUCAAUUCAGAUGAAGGUAUUUCAGGUGUUAAUUGUCCAAAGCUCCUUGUUCUAACCUGUGUUGGAACCACACACACAUCACCAUCGUACAACAUGUGUGUUCCUGCUGUCAUGAAACAGCUCAAUUUCCAGACAGA